UAUAAAUGGUGCUCUCCACUCUGACUUGGAGGCAGAGAUCCACCAAGACGGAAGCCUGUGUGUGGCAGGAGAAGCAGCUGGGACAGGAGCCAUGUUGCUGUACACUUUGGCCCUCACCCUCACCUUGAUGGCAGUUUCUGGCAUCAUGAUCAAUGGGACAGAAGUCUGUGUUGGAAGCCCGGGUAUCCCUGGCACUCCUGGAUCCCAUGGCUUGCCAGGCAGAGAUGGGAGAGAUGGUGUCAAGGGAGACCCUGGACCUCCAGGUCCCAUGGGCCCUCCAGGAGGAAUGCCAGGUCUCCCUGGGCGUGACGGGUUGACUGGAGCCCCCGGUGUCCCUGGAGAGCGUGGAGACAAGGGGGAGCCUGGUGAAAGGGGCCUUCCAGGAUUUCCAUCUUAUCUAGAUGAGGAGCUCCAAACCACACUUGAGGAAUUCAGGCAUCAAAUCUUGCAGUCAAUGGGAGUCCUCAGCUUGCAGGGGUCCAUGCUGGCAGUUGGAAAGAAGAUCUUCUCCACCAAUGGGCAAUCGUUCAACUUUGAUGACAUUAGUGAGUCUUGUGCCAAAGCAGGUGGCAACAUUGCUGCCCCAAGGAAUCCAGAGGAGAAUGAGGCCAUUGCAAGCAUUUCGAGGAAGUACAACACUUAUGCCUACCUGGGCCUGGUUGAGAGCAACACUCCUGGAGACUUCCGUUACCUGGAUGAGACCCCUGUGAACUAUACCAACUGGUAUCCCGGGGAGCCCAGGGGUCGGGGCAGAGAAAAGUGUGUGGAGAUGUACACAGAUGGGACAUGGAAUGAUAGGAACUGCCUGCAGUACCGUUUGGCCAUCUGUGAGUUUUGAGCAGACAUUUAGGCCACAGGGUAGACAGGAUCCUGCAUGGCAGCCUCCAUCAAAGUUUAUUUUUAAAUUUAAAUUUCAACAAAAUGUAUUUGUGAUUAUUAGAUCCAAAGGCAUUUUUAAUCACUUCAUUCCCCAGAUGGUUCCUAACUCUUCUCCUAUAAUCACUAAUCCUUGACACUGCCCUGGGAGCCCCUUCUCAGCACUGCAACUUAGGUAUCCACUCCCGACCUUGAACUUCACUAUGAGACAGAGAUGGAGAACAAUUUGUUCUUCAUCUUCUCCAGUUUUUUUCCAUUUAUAAAUGGCAACCAUGAGGCCUCAAGUUAGAAAAAUCCUCUAAAAUCACAGAGUGCCUGCUUCCUGCUCCUCUCAUCUUCCCCUGAAACUCUCCCCUUUCCCAGUCCCAUGAAAAUUUAGAAAUCUUGGUUAAACACAGUGAUAAAGAUAGACUUCCAGAAAAUUACAAAUGUGAGGAGCGAAGGUCACCUUCAGGAUUACUCAACAUCCUGGUUCUCUGGGGCAUACCUGCUCUCUUCCAUGAGGUUAGAGAGUCAGAGGGUGGCCCAGCAUGGAGCUGAUAGAACUUAGUCUUCCAGAUUGGUAAUCACUCCCUUGAGUUUUCGGGUUCCUGCUCAACCACUGAUCAACAGAAACCAGCCUAGGCCUCUGAUGAAGAACCUUCCCACCCCAGGCCUGACCAAAGUAGCUUCCUGCUGAUCCCCCACCUCACCUCAGAUCUCCAUGAGGCAUUUACACUAUCAACCCCAGCACUGGCUCUGCUUUCUUCUUUAAUUUUAUUCAAUCAGGAUUUCAUUAAAAUCAACUGUGCAUAAAAUCUUGGGCUCUGUCUUGGUGUGGGUAAAGGUAUCCUGUACCUCUUUGGGAUAUUUAAUUUUCCUGAGCCAAUUUCUUCAUUUUGAAUGAAGAUAAAAUAUUUGUUGCCAUUGCUCCAACUACUCAAAUCACAAUCAUAACUGCUACUACUACAAAAUGACACAGUUUCUCAAGCACAAACUAUGCACCAAUCACCUUGACAGACACUUGUAAUGCUUCUUAUGAAAUGUUAUUUAAUCUUUAGCAAUUUCAUGGGAACAGCAUUAUUUUUCCCAUUUUUAAAAUGAGAACAUGGAUACUUAGCAAAGUCAAAUGUUUUGACUAUUACAAUGGCAGAGGUUGGAUUCAAAUCCAUCUACUCCACCUGAACCUCACAUUCGUAAUAACCCCACCAUUGAGCUGAGUAGAGAUGACUUAAGUGCAAUAAAUUAUGAGUGUGUUAACAUGAA